ACUGUGAUGGUGCACAUGCCAUUCGCUGCUUGCCCGCCAGGCCACACACGCAGCCUUGGAAUCUGAAACGGACGCGGCUCAGGCGUUUCGCCCUGCCGCCUUCUGGAAAGCUCUUCGGGCCCCGCAAUUGCCAGCAUUGGGUGUCGAUUGGGAUGGGCGAUCCCCCUUGCAGCGGGGACGGCAGGCCCGACGGAGCAAAGCUGCGACGAGACGGCGAUGCCGCAGCCAGAGAGGCGCAGGCAAACGUGCCGAUCCCGUCAGGCUCAUUGUCUGUUUUUGACGAAGGGUACGUACCGUCGCACCGUCCCUGCCACGAGCCACGUUCCUGUGAGGCCGGGUCCACCCAUGCAGAUUGCGGGGUGGAUUGGCCAGCACGCACCACUGGCUCUCUCUCUCCCUCUCCUCCAGCCCAAAGCAGCACGCACGCACACCAGAAUAGCCACGCACACAGACAUUCCCUCGCCCGAUCCGUUUCGUGUUCACCAAGAUCUGGCUGCCAGCGUCCCUCCCGUCUGCCUUGCCCCGGCUGCCCACCCUUGCGAGCCGCUUCCUCCCCCUUUCCCAAUCUUUUCUCUUCCUUUUCUUCCCCCUCUCCCCCUCCUCCUUUCCUUCGUCCUGUCCGCUUUUCCACUUUCUCUUUUUUUUCCCCGACAUGUCCGCCGCACAGGAAGAGUUCGACCGAUUCAUAGCCAAGAACAACGGCCCGACAGACCAAGACGGACUACACCCGGAGGACCGCGGAAAGUCCGGCGACGGACACGACCAGGACGCAGACCUAGACGAGGAGGAGCGGUACCGCGCCGCCCAGGUCGACGCAGUCAUGCGCAUGCCCGCUCUCGGAAGCUCGGGCGGCGGUGGCGGCGCUGCUGCCGCCAUCAAGCUGCCGCCCGCCUCGUUCGACAGCGGCCGCUCUACGGGCGUCAAGGGCGUCAUCGCCGACGCCCGCAGCUAUGAGAUGGCCCGCCAGACAAAGUGGAUCGACCGCGUGCGGCAGGCCCGCCGGAGCGUCUUCGGCCCCGGCACCACCAAUGGCCGCUCCGCCGCCCCGAGGAGCGAGUCCAGCAGCGGCGACGAACGCCCCGGCUCCGACGCCGACUCGGACGAGGAGUCCUUCCUGCAGCAGUGGCGCGAGUCGAGGCGCCGCGAGCUCGAGGACGAGGCCCGCGCCGGCGUCGUCCGCAGCCGCCGCACCUCGCCCAGCCUGCGCGUCUUUGGCAGGUUCGACGAGGUCGACGCCCUCGGCUAUCUCGACGCCAUUGAGAAGGUGGGACGCGAGUCCGUGGUCGUCGUAUUUGUUUAUGACUCCGAGUGCCAAGUCUCAGCAGUCGUCGAGGCGGCGUUGCGGCCCCUGAUUGCCGCCAACCCCACCGUCCACUUUGUGAGGAUUCACUACGAGGACAUCGAAUUUGACAACGCCGCGGUGCCUGCGAUACUGGCUUACCGUAACCAGGGCGAUUUGUUUGCCAACCUGACCGGCAUCGUCGAGAUGAUACCAGACAAUGAAGAUUUCGACAGCGACUUCCUGAAGAGGUUAUUUGAGAGCUAUAAGAUACUAUGAGCACCCUGGUAGCCUCUGCUAUCGAGCCUCACGUCAGGCGUGUCCGUGCAAAUGGGGGUACGAGGAUAUUAGGUGCCCGAACUGUGUUGUCGCUCGCAUGCGCCGCCUGGCAUAUAAUUUUGGGCGUCUCGUCACGUUUGUUUCUUUGAACGGGCGGUGGUUGGUUUGGCUUUGAGGCGGCGUUUGGGUUUCCGCCGCUGUAUACCUUUUCUUGUUCCUCACGGCUCCUUUUUGGGUUUUUACCUGUUCGUUUUUUUCCCCACUGUUUUCUCUUCCAGUUUUCUUUGUCUGCCUGUUUUCGAUGUCUAACAUCCAUCAUCUCCUCGUACAUAAGAAUCACCACGAUACCAUGCAUAUAGAAUACACCUCUGUUUCCAUACACCAUCUGUUGCAAUGCCAAUCCUCCCACCUCGUUGCA